AUGGUAGAUAGCGGUGCGGAAAUGUUUUCAGCUUCUCCGCAUGAAACUGUUGCUGAGAAUCGUGUAACUUCUGCAGCAACGUCACCAACAGCAAGCGAGGAUGCAAGAACUAGCUACGAGUUGCCACGAACACCUGCAACACUGAACGUUAAUGCUCUACAAGGAAAGGAAAGUGUAUCUGUAACAGAUAUGUCUGAAAUUCCUGACUACAAAUCCAUGGACCCCGGUAAGCGCAAAGGUCCUCAGGUUACAAGUGUAACCGAAAUUUUACGAGCUACUUCCCUGGAUGACCCAAUACAAUUCACCCGGGUUUCAUCGUCGUCAGCACUCAGUGGUAGCUCUAUAGAAGAAAAUGAUGCUUUCAUUGGAGAUCCUGUGGAGGAGAUUAGCGCUACUAAACCCCCUCCCUCUCAACAAAACAAAUCGGGAUAUGACUCAGGGUUGCUCGACCUUCAUGAGCAGAACACCCUUGGUGAUAAAACAGAGUCCACAAUACGGGCGUCAGAUCACUAUAACGCUGAAUUGACAGCUAACACAAACGACUCUAUUAUAUUGUCGGGGGACCAUGGCACUCCAAUAUCUCAUGAUUUCUCAACGCGAAAUAGCUCUGCAGCGAAUGUAGACAGCCAGCUCAAAGUAAGCACACCAAAAAGCGAUCAUGCCCGCGAUAUCCCCAAUAGAGAUGCACUCGAGCAGGUCACAAAUGGUGCAUUGAACCAAGAGCCAGAUAGCCAUAUAUCUGAGGACAGCCAUCGACAAUCACAGGUUGAUCCUUCUCAAACAAAAAUCCAUCAAAGUGCCGCUGAGAAACAACCUUAUGUAACACCAACUUUGACACAGGGCGAGUUUCGCCAGUUGCAACAACCCAACACUGGAAAUAAAAAGCAAACUCCAAAAUCAUCAUUCCAAGUAGUCACUUCACCAUUCAACAAUGCGAGAAUGAGCUCUCGGUAUGGUGAAGUGACUCCUGAGAGUCUCAAAUCGCAAUCCCAAACUCCUUCGCCAGGGUUUGACGAUAAAAAACGGAAGAGUGGUGGCAGCAGAAUGAAAGGUGUGUUUUCAUCGCUGAUGCAGAAUAUGAAGAGAACCUCACAGGGGGAAAAAAGACAAUCCAACUCGAGUCUCAAGAUAUCAACGCCAUAUAAUCCUAAACACGUUCAUCAUGUAGGAGUUGAUACCAAGACAGGAGAGUAUACCGGCCUACCUGAGGAAUGGGAAAAGCUUCUGACGUCAAGUGGGAUCUCCAAACGCGAACAGCAGCAACACCCACAAGCUGUCAUGGACAUCGUCAAGUUCUACCAGGAUGUAACGGAAGCGAAUGGCGAAGAUAAAGUUUUUAAAACGUUCCACGUUGGAAAUUCUGGAAAGAAUAUAUCCAGUACCUCUUCUUUCAGAACACCAUCAAUGCCGUCCAAGGGGGGUCCUGCUACUUUCAAACCUCAGCCUCUCAAUGGCAUCAAUCUCGAUGGGUCUGCUGCUGAACUCCAAUCGCCGAUUAAUCUGAGAGAAGUUGCUAAGUCAGGUACUUCGGUGGGCAAUGAAAGGUACAUGCCGAGUCGUCCGGCCCCCAAACCUCCAGGAACGCCCAGCAAGAACGAUAUAACUUCGCCUCUCGCACAUCCAGCUUCCCCUCACUUCUCGCCCCAGGUGACUAGAGCUAGCAGUAUUACGUCAGGGUUCAAAGCUCUUUCUCGAAAGGGUACGUCGACAAAAUCCGACCAAGCGCAAAGUGCUCAGGCUCCGAAUAAAGUCAGCACUUUUAGCGGAAAAUCACAAGAUUUGCCCGGUGUCAGUUCUCCUGUAAGGGCUGCUCCUCCCCCACCUGUGCCUAAGGAUGUGCUUAAGGAAGAAGGUAGCACCAAUGACAUGCAGAAGGUUAUAGAAUCGAAGAGAGAAGACAGAAGAAAGAAGAUACAGCAAUUGUACGCAACCCUUACUGAGAUAUGCUCUGACGGGGAUCCAAGUAAGCUCUACAAAAAUCUCAUCAAAAUUGGACAGGGUGCGUCGGGCGGUGUCUACACUGCCUAUGAAGUCGGCACGAAUGCGUCUGUCGCCAUCAAACAGAUGAACUUGGAGAAGCAACCCAAGAAGGAGCUUAUUAUCAAUGAAAUCUUGGUCAUGAAAGCAAGCAAACAUCUCAAUAUUGUCAAUUACAUCGAUUCCUAUUUAUUGAAAGGAGAUUUGUGGGUGGUCAUGGAAUAUAUGGAGGGGGGUUCAUUAACGGAUGUAGUGACCCAUUGCAUACUCACAGAGACCCAAAUUGGAGCAGUGAGUAGAGAAACGUUGAAGGGCCUACAGUUUCUCCAUUCUAAAGGUGUUAUACACCGAGAUAUUAAGUCUGACAACAUCUUAUUGUCCAUGACUGGAGAGAUAAAGCUGACGGAUUUUGGAUUCUGUGCACAGAUUAACGAGACUAACUUAAAACGCACGACAAUGGUUGGUACGCCAUACUGGAUGGCACCAGAAGUCGUAUCUAGAAAAGAAUAUGGACCUAAGGUGGAUAUAUGGUCCCUUGGUAUCAUGAUCAUAGAAAUGAUUGAAGGGGAACCGCCCUACCUCAACGAAACUCCGCUACGUGCUUUGUAUCUCAUUGCCACCAAUGGCACGCCAGAAUUGAAAGACACCGAGAACUUGAGUAAAGACAUGAGGAUUUUUUUGGCAUGGUGUUUGCAUGUUAAUCCUGAAGAGAGGGCAUCGGCGUCGCAGCUUCUUGAAGAUCCGUUUAUUGCAACAUAUGCCGACGAUGUUAGGUCUUUAGCCCCUCUUGUAAAGCUUGCAAGAAUGAAAAAACUGGCGGAAAAGAUGGAAGAGGAUGAUGAAAGUGGUGAAGAAGACAUUUGA